GACAGUGCUCUGGAAUUCUCCGAUCAUGGAGUUUAUGAUUAGACAUGGCUGACAAAACAACAAAGUGUUUUCAAGGAUAAUAGACCUUGAACGACUACGAUCUUCCUUUACAUUUGAUGAACUACAUGUAUGGGGUGGAUGAGUAACCAUUUAAAUAAUGAAGAGGAGGAAUGUGGACUGUAUCAAGCCACGGAGACCGUUGAAACGGAAUAAAAUCAGUGACGGGAUUUACGGCAGUAGUGUGGUGUACAUCAAGUUUGUGCUGAUAUGGCUGCUGGUGUUGGCUGCCGACUACCUCACAGAUUUCCGCUUUGAGUAUCUGUGGCCCUUCUGGCUCUUGCUUCGCAGCGUCUACGAUUCCUUCCGCUACCAAGGCCUUGCAUUCUGCAUUCUGUUCUUAUGCAUGGCCGUGACUGCAGACAUGGUGGCCAUUGUGUUUAUUCCAGCCUCAUGGCUGUUCUUUGCUGCUUCCACUUAUGUGUGGGUGCAGUUUGUAUGGCACACAGAGAAAGGGGUCUGCAUGCCCACAAUUGUGCUGUGGGCAGUUUUUAUCUACAUUGAGGCAAUUGUACGCCUCAAAGAAGUUAAGAACGUCCCCUUCCAUCUGGACCUCUGUAGACCUUUUGCAGCACACUGUAUUGGUUACCCGGUGGUGACGCUGGGCUUUGGGCUCAAGAGCUACGUCGGCUAUAGACUAAGACUUCGGAAGCAGCACGAAGUGGCCAGGGAAAAUGAAUUUUACGUGCAGCUUCUGCAAGAUGCGUUGCCGCCUGAACUGCAGCACAUUAAAAAUAUGAACACUGCGGCAGCGCAAGCAGCGGCAGCCGUCGUUAAAGAAUUCGAGGAGAAUGAUUUAGGCGAGUCUGACAGCAACAGUCCAGUCUCAACAUCGGAAGCAGGUGCAAACCAUGCCCUCAACAGCUGCAUAUCCAACAACGUGAGCAGCAGUAGUACAAGUAGCAGCUGCAGCAGUAGCAGCAGCAGCAGCAGCAGUAGUAGCAGCAGCAGUUGUAGCAAUAAGGGGCGAGCUAGCAGCAACAACAAUAGGGUGUCGGAUAAGGAUAACACCCAGACCGUGUCCGCCCCUAAUGGGUCUGCCGUCGGGCAGCCUUCCUCUUCCUCCACCGGCAGCAGCAACAAGCCCUCUAAAGUUCCCCACUAUAACAGCCUGCAUGCUCAACUUGAGUACAUGCAGAAGCAGGGGAACGUGUCUCCACGCUCAGUGAACACCUACAAUGAGAGCUCCGCUGAUCAGGACAAGACUGAGAAGUCCACUACGACUGCCCCAGUGGCCGCUGACCCCGAGAAGCCCAAAAACAAGUCUAACGCUGGCCUCAACGCCCACCAGAUUGGAAGGGGAGCUGAAACGUUCGAGGUCAGAACUGAACAGCAGUCGCAGUAUCGAGCAGGAGCUACGGAACCAAAUAAAUUCCCUUGUGUCCAGCCAGAAGUUGUGCCAGCAAGAAAUGACACAACUCCAGCAGGACAACGAUACCUUACAGAACAAAUUGCACGGGCUGGUGACGGCUCGUCAGGCGGACCGCGCGACAAUGGGGGGCCUGGAGCGUCGUGUCGCCGAGGAGCGCCGUUGUCGGCAGGCCGCCGAGGCGCAACUGCAGCAGGUCGAUCGCCGCGCCAGGAAGCUCGAGGAGCAGAACCAGAGACAGCAACAACAAAAUAAAAGCUGCAACAAUAAUGGCGAGUGCAGUGAGGCAUGUCGCAACCGUCGCGCUGAACUCGAGGCUGAGCUCAAGAGACUCAAGCGGGAACACCGCGCCCUUGAGGACAGGAUCAAGACCAUCGAGCGCGAGAACAUCGCGCUUAGGCAGUACAAGGAGAGCCAGAACGACAGCGAGGUGCUGAUGUCGGCGCUCUCAGCCAUGCAGGAGCGCAACCAGCAUCUCGAGACGACGCUCUCUGCUGAGACCAGAGUCAAGCUCGACCUUUUCUCGGCACUGGGAGAAGCCAAGAGACAAAUCCAGAUUGCCCAAGCUCUGAUCGAGCGCAAGGACAAAGAAAUCGACGACCUGAAGGCUAAGAUCACCGAGGUGCUCGCCGUGUGUCCGGCCACGAGCUUCAGCUCCACGUCGCUGCACGUGAGCUCGUCUGCACAACCCUACCACUUCGCCACCAGCAAGCUGCUCAUGCCGCAGGUCUGGCGUUAG